AUGCAACAGCGGCUCGCAGCUCCCUCUUCGCUGUUGCCAAGGCCUCGCGAGGCCCCGCGAAACCCCAUUCCACCUCCCUGCACUCUCCUUCGAGCCUCCUCGACGCAUGCAAGACCUCAGGGGCGAACGGCGGCCCGACGAACGCCUACGACACCCCCUCGCAUCCACCUCCUACCCUCGUUAACACACAUUCGCCUUUGGGAGGGCGAACCUGAGGAUCGCGGUCUCCUGCACCGUCGAACGGAAACGUUCGACCGCGCGUUCAUUCUGGAAGGUUGCAGAGAGCCCAGUGUAGUUGUCAUCGCGUCGGCCACGGUGCUGCAACGACUGCUCCCGGCUCCCUCCUCGCGGUCUCCAGACCCCGACGCUGGCCCGCGUCACCUCCCAGCACCAUCCCCCGACCCUCCUCGACCUGCGGAGGCUCGACGCUGGCUCGCAUCACCUCCCAGCACCAUCCGUCGACCCCUCGACCUGCAGAGGCCCUCUGCAGCGAGCGACAGCACUGCGGUCCCCACGCCGGCCGCCGCGAUCCAACGACCACGCCGACCUCCCUUCUCGCGGUCUCCAAGCCCCGACGUAUUGUGUUUCCGUGAGCUCCGUGACGAGCAUGUCUUCGUGAUCAUCUAUGCCGUUGUCGCCAGCUACUUUGUGUGUGUUAUGCGUAGCGGCCUCGCGAUUAAGCAUAACGGCCGGCGGGGCGUGGGAAAGCCGCCGCCCAACAAGCGCCGGUUGGACUUAGCUUCGCGCUCCUCCUGCUUGGCUCACCGCCGCGACACCCUUCCACAACGCCGAGGAGGCUCUCCUCGGCGUUGCUCUGCUUUUAUUUAUUCUUCUCCUGCUUCUGUCCCUCGCCCGUUCCGGUUUGCUCUCGAACGCGGCGCGUCGGCACCGCGUUCUCGGCGACACCUGCACCCUCCACCUUCCACCUCGCGCUGCCCCACGCCGUCGAACGCAAACGUUCGGCGGCGCGUUCGUUCUCGGAGGUUCAAGGGCACCCGAGUCCCCUCGUCGUCGCACCGGCCACCGCGGUGGAACGGCCGCCACCUCGUGGUCCCCAAGGUCCCCAUCUGUUCGCGGAGGUCGAAGAGCGCGGUCCAGCCGCAUCGUUGUCGCUCCGGCCACCGCGGUGCAAUAGCAGCGCGCUGCACCCCCCUCGCGGUCGCAGAGACCCCUCGCAGGCCCACCGCCCCUCCCCGCCCAUUCCCCGCACCCUCUCCUGACCCUCCUCGACCCUCGCAGGCCCGCCGCAGCGAACAACGGCGCCCCGGUCGUAGCACUCGCCUCCCCUUCCGCCUCGCGCUCCCCCAGGCCAUCGAACGCAAACGUUCGGCGGUGCGUUUGUUUUGGGCGGUCGAAGGGAAGUCCAGUCACGUCGUUGUCGCGCCAGCCACUGCGGUGCAACAACAUCGUGUAGCCCCUUCCUCGCGGUCGCGGAGGCCCCUCGCAACACCUCACCACCUCCCUGUGUCCUCUCCCGACCCUCUUCGAACCGCGCAGGCCCGCGGCGGCGAACGACGGCGACGCGAUGGUCGCGCCGGCCACCGCGGUGCGACGAAGGCUCGCAGCCCCAAUUGCAGCGUUGCCAAGGCCCGCGAGGCCCCGGGCAGCCUCUCUCCACCUCCCAGCACCCUUCAUCGGCCGUCUUCGACCCGCGCAGGCCCACGACGCCCACGAUCUGCAUGGCCCUGCGAAGGCCCGGCCCACCUCUGCCCGUCGUCCCUGCACCCUCCCCGACACACGCAGGCCCACGACGGCGAACGACGCCACCCGCGUCGCCACACUGGCUACCGCGGUGCGACGACGGCGUGCAGCCCCAACCACGCGGUCCCCAAGGCCCCGCGAGGCUCCGCGCAGCCUCUCACCACCUCCUCGCACCCUCCCUCAACCCUCUUCGACGCACGCAGGCCCACAACAGCGAACGACGGAACAGCGAUCAUCGCGCUGGCCACCGCGGUGCCGCAAUGGCGCCAAGCUCCCUCCUGGCGGUCUCCAGCCACCGGCGAAAGCCCGCGUCACCUCUCAGCACCGUCACCCAACCUUCCUCGACCCGCGAUCGCCGUAUGCAGUGAAAGAUCGCGCCUUGAUCGUGACGCGGGCCACCACAGUGCAACGACCGCGCCCAGGUCCCUCCUCGCGGUCUGCAGGCCCCGACGCUGGACCCCAUCACCUCAGCCAACCUUCCUCGACCACGUUCGCCAUCCACAGCGAACGAUCGCGCUCCGGUCGUCAGGCUGGCCGCUGCAGUGGAACGACCACGCUGACCGCCCUCCUCGCGGUCUCCAGGCCCCGACGCUGGCACGCAUCACCUUCCAGAACCCUCAUCCUACCCUCUUCGACGCGCGUUUACCCUCCGUGGUGAACGACUGCCCUCCGGACCUCCCCUGCAACAUCGAGCGCCGGUCGCUCGACCAGGACCCCCCUCGCACACUCAAACGCAACGCGUUUGAAUGCAAGUUUGCCCAGCACUGCUCGGGCAGUGUAGCCCGCCGUCCGCGAACGAUCCACCGCCGUCCUCGUCCGCGCGAGCAAGCCACCACCGCCAUCCUGCUCUUGUCGACGCCACCGUCCUCGUCCUGGCGCUCCCCCAGGCCGUCGAACGCCACCGUUCAGCGGCACGUUUGCUUUCGGAGGUCGAAGGGCAUUCUAGCCACGUCUUUGUCGCGCCAGCCACCGCGGUGCGACAGCGGCAUGCAGCCUCGUCCUCGCGGUCGCGGAGGCCCUGCGAAGCCUCACCACACCCGACUCCACCUCCCUGCACCCUUCGUCGACCCUCCUCUUCGCGCGCAGGUCCACCACGGUGAAUGA